AUGGCGGCUCCAGCCCCGGGGGCUGGGGCAGCCUCGGGCGGUGCUGGCUGCAGUGGCGGCGGCGGCGGCGGCGCGGGUGCGAGCUCGGGCUCCGGGUCCGCGGGGGCCGGGGGCCGGCUGCCGAGCCGGGUGCUGGAGUUGGUGUUCUCGUACCUGGAGCUGUCCGAGCUGCGGAGCUGCGCCCUGGUGUGCAAGCACUGGUACCGCUGCCUGCACGGCGACGAGAACAGCGAGGUGUGGCGGAGCCUGUGCGCCCGCAGCCUGGCAGAGGAGGCUCUGCGCACGGACAUCCUCUGCAACCUGCCCAGCUACAAGGCCAAGGUACGUGCUUUCCAACAUGCCUUCAGCACUAAUGACUGCUCCAGGAAUGUCUAUAUUAAGAAGAAUGGCUUUACUUUACAUCGAAACCCUAUCGCUCAGAGCACUGAUGGUGCAAGGACCAAGAUCGGUUUCACUGAGGGCCGCCAUGCAUGGGAAGUGUGGUGGGAGGGCCCGCUGGGUACCGUGGCAGUGAUUGGAAUUGCCACAAAGCGAGCCCCCAUGCAGUGCCAAGGUUACGUGGCAUUGCUAGGCAGUGACGACCAGAGCUGGGGCUGGAAUCUGGUGGACAAUAAUCUACUGCAUAAUGGGGAAGUCAACGGCAGUUUUCCUCAGUGCAACAAUGCACCAAAAUAUCAGAUAGGAGAAAGAAUUCGAGUCAUCUUGGACAUGGAAGAUAAGACUUUAGCUUUUGAACGUGGAUAUGAGUUCCUGGGUGUUGCCUUUAGAGGACUUCCAAAGGUCUGCUUGUAUCCAGCAGUUUCUGCUGUAUAUGGCAACACAGAAGUGACACUGGUUUACCUUGGAAAACCUUUGGAUGGAUGACAGUGGCUUUCUUAUGGUGAAAGAGUGGAGGAAAGAUCUGCUUGUGAAAAGUAGAAUCAUGAAGUGACAGUUUCAUAUGUGCAUGUCCAAGAAACAUCCUGAAAACACAUGAAGUUGUAAACUGGAGAAGCAACUCUACAGCAGAGAUUAUUUUAGUGUUUCCUCUUUCCACCGGGCCAGAAAAAUCCUCAGGGUUGCAGUUGGUUGAGAGGGCAGUUGACCUAUGCAUGUUGCAACAGAUUUUGUCUCUAAAUUAGCAAUGUGUCAUUUCCAGCUUUAAAGGUGAAAUUUUAGACACUGUAAAAGGGAGAAGGAAAUAGCAAGAUUUUUAAGUGGUAUGUUUGUGAAGAAAGAUUGAUCCCAUCUUACAACUGCCUGUUCUUUCUCCAGUCCCUUUUUUUCCCAGCCAGCUUGACUAUUAGAAAAGUAUGAAACUGGUUGGGUUUUAUUUAAUAUUUUUAAUAUAUUGAGAAGCAUGGUCUGCUUGGACUGCACUUCUCUAACAGUGAGAUAUAAAAUUGUGCAGCUAUUUUAAAAGUUGUAUAUAUAAUAUGUGUGUUUAAAAAACUGUAAAAAAAUGGACAAAGGGGUUGCUUUGUUCUAGUUCAGUUUCUUAAAACCACUACAUGGCUACAUGGCACAAAAUUAGAAUAACAUUUUGGGGCAAUUGGAUAACUACAAAGAAGAGCAUUUUAAGAGGAGAUGCGUUGUACUGGCUCAUUUUGUAUUGUUUUUGGCUAACAGUUCCCAUAGCUUUUACAAUCUGUGUUGGGUUCUUGGGUUUUUUUUUUAACCAUCAAAAUUAUAGUAAAGAUCUCUCAAUUUCCUAGUUAAAGAUUGAGGGAAGGCAAAUCUAUUUCUAUUUAUACAUAUAUCAGCAAAGAUAUCUAUCUAAGCAUAAUAGUGAUGUGCAUCUUAUGGUGUCUGGUUUUAUUUUUUGGCUGAGAAAGUGUCUCACAAUAUACAACAUUGCUAUUUGCUCCAUGAAAGCAAUUGUCAUAGACCCUUGGAAAAUAAAAGAAUGAUGGUCUUUUUAUUUUGUAACUUUAUAAUGCUGUAGAUAAUGUCAAAAAGUUUUAAUUUCAUAUUGUUUACAUCAUGCUACAGUCGAAGUCUCAGAUUCUUCACUGGGGCUAUCAAGAAAAUGUUUACUCACCGACCUGAAACAGUGCUGACCUGAACCCAGGCUAAGAAUAUUUUUAAUUUAAUUAUAAAUAAUUGCCCCCAUGGGACUUGAAAUAUGACACCUGUUUUGAAAACUUCAGGUUGGCAGCAUUUUGAGUUUCAUUGUAGACGAGCUUAACUUUACUUCCUAUUUUGACUUUACAUCUUACUUAUCACUGAUACUCCUGAAUUAACAAUACAAUAUACAUGAGCUGAGAUUUUCUUUUGUUAGAAGAGAACCAAACAUCAUCUUUCUGUAUGAAAGUAUAAAUUGUAUGGUUUCAGAUAAUAAGAAUUGACGAAGGCAAGUGAAAUCUUUGUACUUUUGAGAUUAUUGCUGUAUGUAUAUUUUGUUUUAAAUCUAAUAAAAUUAGGGACAGCAAGCAGCUUGCAGGGGAUCUUGGGUUGCUUUGAGAGUUAAAAUGAUCACUACUAUGAAGCAAGGGAUUUCAGCCAUAGAACAAAGGUUGCUGUUGCCACCUGAAAGGUUUGCAAGUAUUUAUUGUGUAUUUAGUAUAUCACUUGAAAGUGUGACAUUUAUUAAAGAGUUUUUGAUAUCUGUGUCAAGAAGAAACCUCCUUGUACAAAAUGAUAAUGUUAAAUGUAUUAGAGUGUAGCUGAUAAAAGAAAUUGAUUUUUUUGACAUAGAACAACUCAAUUUGGCAAAGUUUAAAACUUGGCUGAAGAGAACUGGUUCAGGAUGAAGAUUGGCUAGUUAGAAAGUGGUACUGUUCUGUAAGUACUUGUUUCUUUUUCAGGUUGUGAUAUGGCCAAUUCCAAGAGCUUUUACUGAGAGUGUUAUGACUUUUUUGUCUUAUUAGUAAACAUUCAUUUGCAACAAAGUUUUGAAGGUGCAGAAUGAAAAACAGAAACACAUGGUUAUUGCACAUUAAACCUAGGAUCAAAUAACUGCCCAAAUAUUAACAACAAGCCACUCUUACAUCAAAGAUUGAAGCACCCAAUAUUCCAUUUACACCUUUGAUAGAAUGGAGGUUCCUAGUCAGCAAGAGCAUCAGGGCAGUGUAGAGCCUUCGUUUAUAACCAGAUGAAUAAAUAUGUUCCUAGAGACCAGUAGUGUCUGCAGAAUAUUAAACUGCUACAGCGUUCAAGGACAUGGGCCGUCUUUCUCAUUGGUGCAGAGAGUUUUAAGGUGGAAGACAGUUGCACCUGAAGAUUGAGUGUAAAUCACCUAAGCCAGUGAUUGUCUACCUUGGCUGUCCUUUGGAGUUACUGUGAAGUGUGUUUCUAGAAAUACUGACUUUUGGGUCCCCUACCCCAAUAGUCUGAUACUGAUGUGGAAUAAAACCUGGCCAUAAUGAUUUUUUGAAACUCUGAGGUGAUUUCAGUAUACCACUGCAGUUGAGAACCACUGAUCUAAAAUUCACCUUGAGUUUUCUUAUCUGCAAAAUAAAAACCCUGGCUCCCUCCCUUCACUACCUCAUAAGGAUAUUGAGGGUAAAGGAAAAAAAAAAAGGGCAACUGCUUGUGUUACGAAUGAAAAAUGCUAUUGAAAAAGCAAAGUAGUAGUUUUUCUAUUUCAACCAAAACUGAUCAGGAAAAAAUGUGGUUGAAUUUGCUUUGUUGACUUGGGAGAUUGGGAGCACUUUCUUUGUUUCCUUAAUGCAACAUGCAGCUGCGGAAGCCGAGAUUACGUGUAUUCAUAUUGCAGUCUUCUGUUACAUUUGAGAUAGGCUGUGUUAAUGGUCUGGUCUUAUACAGGAAGGAAGAAAUAUUAAGGCUCAAAGCCUGUAAUGAUCAGUGGCUCAUAAUUAAAAUUUUUCAAACAAGGAAUUCUGUAGUUAUAGAUAUCAUUUCAUAGUUUCCUUUACUUGGCGUUUGAAUGUUGAGCCUUUAUUUCGUCUCCCAUUCUUACUCAUAUAUGUUUGUAUAUAGAUUUGAUAAAGCACCUACAGUUGAGCUGGUUUCAUCCAGUAGACUUUUUGGAAUCAUGGGCUCAGUGAUUAGACAUCUGCCUUUUAGAUACGAUUUGACUGGGGAAAGAGUUUCAAAAAUAAUAGCCCUUCACCAUAUGGAAACUCUCCUAGUUAAUUUAAGUCCUCAAACUACUGUUUAUAGAGACUGUAACAUGAAUAGUUUUUUAUUGUUGUAAGAGGUAAACAGUUGAGUUAAGGAGCUUUAAAGAUCAAUGUUAAAAUGCUUACUCUCCAGAGAUGGAGACCAGCACAGUUGGGCCAGUGGCAGACGACCAGACCACUUUGAAGGAACCAUCUAGACCCAGUGCAAACGCUGUCCACAGAGCGUUCCUCAGUUCCUCUGGCCAAUUGUUAUCUCCUUCCUUGACAUUUCCUUAGUUUUAUAUUCUACCUGUACUUAAUUCGUGCUAUGUUACAUUAUACCUUGUAUAAAACUUUUUAUUUAUUGAUUAUUUAUUGGUGUCUUAGCUCCCCUAAACUAGGACAGGGUCCCUGACGGACUCGUCUUUGUGCCCGCCUUUUGGUGCUCACACACUUGCUGAAGAAACCGAGAACUCUACAGUGAGGCAGAAGCUCCUCUGAAGUCCCAGGCUAGAGUAGGGAAAGACAGAUAGGAAGGACAUUCUUUCUGUGUCUUAGUCCAGGUGCAGUCGUAAGGACAGGGAUGCAAACCUGAGGCUGGUAAGGAGGAAUAAUGACUGUGAAUGCAUUUUAGCCAUUCCCCCUUAUUCAUGAAUACUGGUACACUGACUUUUAGUUCUUGGUGUAAGUUUCAUUAUUUGUUUAGAUUUAAA